AUGAAUCCACUCACUGAAGCAAUCAUCCAGUUCACACUUGAUCUGUUGCAACAGUUCAGAAAAUUAGAGAACGACAACAUUUUCUUUUCCCCUUUCAGCAUCUCAUCUUCAUUAGCGAUGGUCUACUUAGGGGCCAGGGAAAACACUAAACAGCAAAUUAAAGAGGUCUUGCACUUUAACGAAGUUACAGAGGACGCAACAGAAAAAGCUACAAAACAGCAAGUUGAUAAGUCAGAAAAUGUGCAUCACCAGUUCCAAAAGCUUCUGACUAUGUUAAACAAACCCACUGAUGACUAUGAGCUGAAGAUUGCCAAUAAGAUCUAUGAAGAAAAGACAUAUCAAUUUCUUCAGGAAUAUUUAGAUGAUAUUAAGAAAUUUUACCUGACCAGUAUGGAAUCUCUUGAUUUCAUAAAUGCUGAAGAGGAAAGUCGAAAGAAGAUUAAUUCCUGGGUGGAAAGUCAAACAAAUGGAAAAAUCAAAGACCUGUUUCCUAAUGAUUCUCUUAAGGAUGUCGUACUGGUUCUUGUGAAUGCAGUCUAUUUCAAAGGGCAAUGGGAGGAGAAAUUUCAUAAAGAACAUACUAAUGAGGAAAAAUUUUGGGUGAACAAGGAUUCGUGUAAAUCUGUACAGAUGAUGAAACAAAACGGGUCUUUUAAUUUUGCCUCGCUAGAAGAUGUGCAGGCAAAGAUCCUGGAAAUACCAUAUAAAGGCAAAGAUCUAAGCAUGAUUGUGCUGCUGCCAAAUGAAAUAGAUGGUUUGCAGAAGCUUGAAGAUGAACUCACUGCUGAAAAACUGAUACAUUGGAUGAGCCCACAGAAUAUGAGCGAGAGACAUGUGAAUUUAUACUUACCUCGCUUCAAAGUGGAAGAGAGCUAUGAUCUCAAGGACACAUUGAAAGCCAUGGGUAUGGUGGACGCCUUCAGUCCACCGGACGCUGACCUCUCGGGCAUGAAUGGGAGGCAUGAUCUUGUGGUGUCUAAAGUUCUACACAAGUCGUUUGUGGAAGUCACUGAGGAGGGAGCGGAAGCUGCAGCUGCCACAGGUGUAACACUAACUCCAUUAUCUAUGGCAGUUCCUCAGAAGUUUCAAUGUGAUCAUCCUUUCCUCUUUUUCAUCAAGCAAAAUAAGAUGAACAGCAUCCUCUUCUUUGGCAGAAUCUCUUCUCCUUAG